CUGAAGAGAAAGAGAAGAGACAAAGAAAAAAGAGAGUAGCAAUAGAAAGCAGAAGGGAAGAAAACCGCUAGAAAAAGCCCUGAGACAUCCCUCUGCCUAGAGGAGGCAGCGCCGGUCUCACCUGCGAAGCGCCAGAAAAGCGAGUGUCCCUAACAUGCGGCUGCCGCUGCUCGUAUCUGCGGGCGUCCUGCUGGUGGCUCUCCUGCCCUGCCCACCAUGCAGGGCCCUCCUCAGUCGUGGGCAGGUCCCGGGGGCCCCGCAAGCCGCGCAAUCCCCCCAGUCCCUGGAUUUCUUCCAGGCCCCGCCGCAGCCCGAGCAGCCCCAGCAGCCGCAGCCCCGGCCCGUUCUGUUCCGCAUGGGAGAGGAAUAUUUCCUUCGCCUGGGGAACCUCAACAAGAGCCCGGCUGCUCGGUUCUUGCCCGACUCCUUGUCCCCUGCCGGUGGCAGCGGCAGCCGCCCCUCGCGGGACCAGGCAGCCACCAACUUUUUCCGCGUGUUGCUGCAGCAGCUGCAGCUGCCUCGGCGCUCGGUUGACAGCCGCGCAGGUUCAGCGGAGCGCAGCUGGGAGAACGCCCUCACCCACCACCAGGAGGCACUGGAGAGGGACCGGCGGUCCGAGGAGCCUCCCAUCUCCCUGGAUCUCACCUUUCACCUUCUCCGGGAAGUCUUGGAAAUGGCCAGGGCAGAGCAGUUAGCGCAGCAAGCUCACAGCAACAGGAAACUGAUGGAGAUUAUCGGGAAAUGAAUGGUGCGUCUGACCAAAAAGAUUCUGCAUUUAGCACAAAAAGUUAAAAAAAAUUAAGAAUACGGUAUUCUGUACCAUAGUGCUGCUCUGAUAUCAUUUGUUUAUUUUUAUAUAGCUUGCAACAUAGAUGUACAGGGACAGAGCCUAUAUCCCUUAAUUAGCAUGCACAAAGUGUAUUCACGUGCAGUAACAACACAAUGUUAUUUGUAUUGUCCACUUUUAGUUUCCGUGUCCAGGUGUCUUUAUAGUGGUGUUUCAAAGAAAAUGUAGACCUGGGAGGAAGCAUUUUGAAAAAGCAGAUGGAAGUCACCCAGUUGCUUUUGUAGUGGUUAGAGCCAAAGAGAAUGUUAUUCUCUUGAGUGGGUGGGUAAAAUGAAAUGUGUAAGCUCUUUGAAUCAAUUUUUUCUUGUAAACAUUUCAAUAAUAAAACAUCCUUCCAAUCCUUGGUCAAUUGUGUAAGAGAAUGUUGAAUACUUAUAUUUUUAAUAAAAGCUGCAA